UUGGCCAACAAGGUUCCUCUGGUCAAACCGACUAUCGGCAAACCUCAGAAGGUUUCCAAUCCAACAAAAGCAACUUCUCCAUCUCCAGCCAUCCGACCCACUUCGUCUAAACCUACCAAACCCAGGAUGAUAGACAACGAUGUGAAAUCCCAACACAGGCCUUUCCCACCAUUUGGCAAGGCUGCGCAGAGUGGACCUGAAGUUAAGAAAGUUACCAACGGUUUUCAACAGGAUGUAGACACUGAAUAUUCUGAGGCUGGCCACACCGCUACAGACACCGAUUAUUACUAUGAGGAGAUGGUUCCACAGCCAGACGGUGAGGUGAUUGGACAAGAAGAGAUACCUGUUCAGCCCCAGGUAGAACCAGCCCUGGACGGAGAGGAGUUAGAUGCCACAAAGACAGGCGGUGUGGGAGAAGAAGUCUUCACUGAGGAGUAUGUGACUGGAGACGUGGGCAUGAAGGAAUAUGAUUAUUCCUACAAAGACUACAGUGACCCAGUACCAGAGACCGGAGAGGCUGAUGGCUACAUUGGGCCCGCCUUGUCCGCUGUGACCGAUGAGGGAGGCGCCGGCAUCAGCGGCCAGAAAGGAGAGAAGGGAGAACCUGCUGUUUUGGAGCCUGGAAUGCUGAUUGAAGGUCCUCCAGGGCCUGAAGGACCUGCUGGGCUUCCAGGACCUUCUGGUCCUUCUGGACCCCCCGGCUCCGUGGGUGACCCUGGUGAGAGGGGUCCUCCUGGUAGGGCGGGACUGCCUGGUGCCGAUGGAGUUCCUGGACCUCCUGGAACCUCAGUCAUGCUGCCUUUCCGCUUUGGACAGAGUGGAGGAGAUAAAGGUCCGGUUGUUUCUGCACAGGAAGCCCAGGCAGCAGCCAUCUUGUCUCAGGCCAGGAUGGCUCUGAAGGGACCACCUGGACCGAUGGGAUUCACUGGACGCCCAGGACCCCUGGGAAAUCCAGGAAGUCCAGGUUUGAAAGGAGAGAGUGGAGACCCUGGUUCUCAGGGCCCCAGGGGUCCCCAGGGUUUGCUGGGUCCUCCAGGAAAAUCUGGAAGAAGAGGUCGUGCUGGUGCUGAUGGAGCCAGGGGAAUGCCAGGAGAGACUGGAACCAAGGGUGAUCGUGGUUUUGAUGGCCUUCCUGGUUUGCCUGGUGAUAAAGGGCACAGAGGUGACCCGGGUCCAAUGGGACUGCAAGGAUCUCCUGGAGAGGAUGGAGAGAGGGGAGACGAUGGAGACGUUGGACCUAGGGGUCUCCCAGGUGAACCCGGACCUCGUGGUUUGCUUGGCCCUAAAGGUCCUCCAGGAAUCUCUGGACCUCCUGGUGUAAGAGGAAAUGAUGGACCUCAUGGUCCCAAAGGAAACUUGGGUCCACAAGGUGAGCCAGGACCUCCAGGUCAGCAGGGAACUCCAGGAACUCAGGGAAUGCCAGGACCGCAGGGGGCGAUCGGACCACCAGGAGAGAAAGGUCCCACUGGAAAACCAGGUUUGCCUGGAAUGCCAGGAGCUGACGGCCCUCCUGGUCACCCAGGAAAGGAGGGGCCUUCUGGCACUAAAGGAAAUCAGGGUCCCAACGGUCCUCAGGGAGCGAUUGGUUAUCCUGGACCUCGUGGCAUUAAGGGAGCUCAAGGAAUCCGGGGCCUAAAGGGUCACAAAGGAGAGAAGGGUGAAGAUGGAUUCCCAGGAAUUAAGGGAGAUUUUGGUGUCAAGGGAGAAAGGGGUGAGAUUGGAGUACCUGGACCUAGAGGAGAGGACGGUCCUGAGGGGCCAAAGGGUCGUGUUGGACCCCCUGGUGAGCUUGGAACAAUUGGCCUCGCUGGGGAGAAGGGUAAACUUGGUGUACCUGGACUUCCUGGAUAUCCUGGAAGACAAGGAAUCAAGGGAUCUCUUGGAUUCCCUGGAUUCCCAGGAUCAAACGGAGAGAAAGGAACAAGGGGAGUUACUGGAAAACAGGGACCAAGAGGACAAAGAGGACCAACGGGCCCCAGAGGCCAGAGAGGCCCGAGAGGAGCAACUGGGAAACCAGGAGCAAAGGGAACAUCUGGAAGCGACGGCCCUCCUGGUCCUCCUGGAGAGAGGGGCUUGCCUGGACCUCAGGGAGCCAACGGCUUCCCCGGCCCCAAAGGACCUCCUGGACCACCAGGAAAAGAUGGACUGCCUGGACAUCCUGGACAGAGAGGAGAAGUUGGUUUCCAAGGUAAAAUGGGUCCACCCGGACCGCCUGGAGUUGUUGGACCUCAGGGUCCGUCAGGAGAAACUGGCCCCAUGGGUGAGCGGGGUCAUCCUGGCCCCCCUGGUCCACCUGGAGAGCAGGGGCUCCCUGGUCAGUCAGGGAAAGAGGGCACUAAGGGCGACCCCGGGCCCCCAGGAGGUCCUGGAAAAGACGGGCCCCCAGGUCUGAGAGGUUUCCCCGGAGAGAGAGGACUUCCUGGAACCCCUGGUGGAGGAGGACUGAAAGGAGGAGAAGGACCUGCUGGGCCUCCUGGACCUGCUGGUUCUCCUGGUGAGAGGGGCCCAGCUGGAACUGCCGGACCUGUGGGGCCUCCGGGCCGACCCGGUCCUCAGGGGCCUCCUGGACCAGCUGGAGAGAAAGGAGUCCCAGGAGAAAAAGGACCUAUUGGUCCAGCGGGUCGAGACGGAGUUCAAGGACCGGUGGGUCUGCCAGGUCCUGCUGGAUCACCUGGAGUACCUGGAGAGGAUGGUGAUAAGGGUGAGGUUGGAGAACACGGUCAGAAAGGAGCCAAGGGAGGAAAAGGAGAGCAUGGUCCUCCUGGCCCACCUGGUCCAAUGGGUCCAGUCGGUCAGCCUGGUCCUGCUGGUGCAGAUGGGGAACUGGGGCCCAGGGGCCAGCAGGGGCCGUUUGGCGCUAAAGGUGAUGAUGGGACUCGAGGAUUUCCAGGAGCUCCAGGACCAAUCGGACUGCAGGGACUUCCUGGGCCACCGGGUGAGAAGGGAGAAACUGGUGAUGUUGGACCUCUGGGGCCUCCAGGACCUCCUGGACCUCGCGGCCCUGCUGGUCCCAACGGAGCCGACGGUCCUCAAGGUCCUCCUGGUGGUUUAGGCAAUCCUGGACCUCUUGGAGAGAAGGGAGAACCUGGUGAAGCUGGACCUCCUGGUGUUGGAGGAGAGCCUGGAAAGAAGGGGCCUCGUGGAGAGCGUGGAGAGAAAGGAGAGGCUGGACAACCUGGAACUGCUGGACCUGCAGGAGGAAGAGGACGACCCGGAGACGACGGACCCAAAGGAAACCCAGGUCCUGUUGGUUUCCCUGGUGACCCCGGACCCCCUGGUGAGGUCGGACCCAGAGGUCAAGAUGGGGCCAAAGGUGAGCGAGGAGAGGUGAACAGGGAGUCGGGUUCCCCGGGACCUCCUGGAGAGAAUGGACCUCCUGGUCCGCCAGGAAAGAGGGGUCCUGCUGGAACAAGAGGAGCAGAAGGACGACAAGGAGAGAAAGGAACCAAAGGAGACCCCGGUGCCGUUGGACCUCCUGGAAAAACUGGACCUGUUGGUCCUCAGGGUCAACCAGGAAAACCAGGAACAGAAGGUCUGAGAGGUCUGCCAGGAUCAGUGGGAGAGCAAGGAGCUCCAGGAGCUGCUGGACAGAAAGGACCGCCUGGACCGAUGGGACCUCCGGGUCUGCCUGGUCUGCGUGGAGAACCCGGAGCGAAGGGAGAGAAGGGCCACCAGGGUCUCAUUGGUCUGAUUGGACCUCCAGGCGAGCAGGGAGAGAAGGGAGACCGAGGUCUGUCUGGGCCGCAGGGGUCCACUGGACCCAAAGGAGAGCCGGGUAUGGCUGGAGGCACCGGACCUCUCGGCCCAGCUGGUCCUCCUGGUCUUCCUGGACCCCAAGGUGUCAAAGGAGCAAAGGGUGCAACAGGAGGAUCUGGUCCAAAAGGAGAAAAGGGCGUACAGGGACCUCCUGGAGAGCCUGGUCCACCAGGCGACGUCAUUCAGCCGAUCCCCAUCCAGAGGAGUCCCAAGUCCAAACGCUCCAUUGAUGCCAGUCAGCUGCUGCCGGAGUUCGACCCGGAGAUGCCGGCGUCGGACACGGCCGGCGCAGAGUUCCUGAUGGGCAGCGAGGGCAUGGAGGAGAUCUUCGGCUCUCUGAAUUCACUGCGGCAGGAGAUCGAUAUGAUGCGCUUCCCUGUGGGCACACAGGACAGCCCGGCCCGCACCUGCCAGGACCUCCACCUCAGCCAGCCAGAACUCAAGGAUGGAGAAUACUGGAUUGAUCCCAACCAGGGCUGCUCCAGAGAUUCCUUCAAGGUCUUCUGUAAUUUCACUAGUGGAGAAACGUGUCUGCACCCCAGAAAAGGCAUCGACACGGUAAAGAUGAACACCUGGACCAGAGAGACUCCAGGCUCUUGGUACAGUCAGUUUGCAUCUGGCAGUAAGUUCUCCUACGUGGACUCCAACGGCGCGCCCAUAGCUGUGGUCCAGCUGGGCUUCCUGCGUCUCCUGAGCGUCCAGGCCCGUCAGAACCUAACAUACCACUGCCACCGCUCAGUGGCCUGGGCCGACCGAAGUGCCAAGAACAACCACAAGAGGGCGCUGCACUUCAGAGGCGCCAACGACGAGGAGCUGAGCUACGAGAACAACCCUUACAUCAAAGCGUUGAUCGACGGCUGCUCUUAUCGUAAAGGCUUUGACAGGACAGUCCUGGAGAUCAACACGCCGCAGCUGGAGCAUCUCCCUCUGCUGGACAUCAAGGUGACAGACUUUGGGGAGAGCAACCAGCAGUUUGGCUUUGAACUGGGACCUGUCUGUUUCCAGGGCUAAACACACAAACACACACCACGCAGAACACACACCAACACUCCCACACACACACACACACACACUUAAACAUGCACACGUGAUCAACAUACAUGCCCGGUAAUUUGUAAAUUAACUUGUAAAUGACAUUAAAUACAUAAAACCCACACAGAAACACACACUCACUCUCACUUAUGCGCCUCGGGAAACAUUUCCCCAGCGGCUAACGGACUUAAAAACACAAGAGAAGUGAAAUUAAACUUGUGAAGAGGAGAACGACGACUGGGAGCGUGACGGCAUAGAAGGAGGAAAAAACCAGGAGAGAACAUUCCUUGGAAUAAAACGUUAUUUUCACGAGCAACAGGAAGGAUCCGGCCUGAGAUGGAAGAUGGAGCCGGCGGCACGACGCCUGCAGCUCCCUGGUCUCCAGUCCCACCUCACUCCUCCCCCAUCCCACUUCCUCCUCCCUCCACCCAGAUCUCCUGCUCUACCUCCCCCACCUCCUUCUGAAAAGAGAGUCACAUGCAAACUUCAUCUCCAGGUUUAUCGUGCAAAGCAACAUGAUUAACAGUCACAUUAAAAACUGAAAAGUAGCACCUGUCUUCCUAUAAAAUAUUUUAUUUACUUUGGUUCGCAGCUUUACUGUUAUACAACAACUUGAAUAAAAGUUAUUGACGUUUUUGAAGUGCCUUGUUUUACCUCAUGAAUAAAAUCUGAAUUCAGGCUGAAACAGUGGAAACAAAACUCAGAUUUGAACCAGAAACAAACAUCGUUGCACAUCUAAACUUUGGGUUAUUUCUGGGUGGUAACUGGUUUUGUUUCUUCGUGUUAAUCAUGUUGCUUACAUGUAAACUCAUCCUGCUUCACAUCAGGAGGAACCAAAGAGUUGAUGUCACCAGAUAAAAACAGGGGCCUCACCACAUGAUCUCUGCAGGGUCUUACUUAUCUGAUUCUUUAUUAUCUUCAUCCUGAGCUUCUGUAACGUGAACUUUCUGCUCUGUAAAACAUCAUCGACACCCUGAGGUUUUACCUUUUGUUGCCUAACAUGAUUCCCUGCUCAAAUGAUUAUUAAAAUCUGUCUGAAGGUGCUUUUAAACUCAGCAUUUUUGUUCGUUGGACAAACUGCUGCUGACAUAAAAUAACAGCUGAUGCCUCCAUCAGUGAAGUGAAAGCCAUUUUAUAAGCUGUGCUGAACAUGAAUAUUUCUGGUGCCUUUGUAAAGAAAACAAUCCAAAAUGGCCUCAGCAUGCAUGUGCAGUGACUGUCUGUAUGUAAACGCUCCCUUUUCAUUUGUAGGAAAGAUUUACUGAAUUAAACUGUGUAUCAAGGUGCUAAUUAUACAAAACUCCAUUUUUUAGUCUCUUUUCUAUUUCACAAAGCGUUUUAGGAGGGAAAUGUGCAUUACAGUACAUUUGUACAGAAAUAGCAAUAUUUUAUUGUAUUUAUUUAAAACAGGGUGCUUUGAGAAUAAAAUAAGAACUAUUAUUUCAGACAGAUGUGUGUUUCAGUUGUAUUUAUUUUAAAGCGGCUCAACUGAAGCGAUUGAUUUGCAUGUUAUGAUCUCAGUCAGCCGGAGCUUCUGUCCAAA